UUCUUAAUCAUAAGAAUUUCAUCAAACAUGAUGAUUCAAAUCCUCUCAUUUCUCAUCUCAAUCUUCCUUCUUCCCAUUUCAUCUUUAUCCACUACCCAUUCUCAUAAUCAACAAACCAUUCUUAAUUGUCUAAAAACCAAUUCUCUUCCAACUCAUCCAAUCUCUUCAUCAACCUACUUCCCCACCAAUUCUUCAUAUUCCUCCACUCUUCAAAAAUACAUAAGAAACCUUCGUUUCAACGAAACCACAACCCCGAAGCCCGUCUUCAUCCUAACCGCAGCACAUGAAUCCCACAUUCAAGCCGCAAUCAUCUGCGCUAAGUCCUACGAUCUUACAAUGAAGAUCCGAAGUGGAGGUCAUGAUUACGAGGGCAUUUCAUAUUGGUCAAACUCCACCUUCUUCAUCCUUGACCUAUUCAAUCUUCGCUCCAUUAACGUCAACAUCGAAGAAGAAACCGCAUGGGUCCAAGUUGGGGCUACACUUGGAGAAGUCUAUUAUAGAAUUGCCGAGAAAAGUAAAGUUCAUGGUUACCCAGCCGGAGUUUGCCCUACCGUUGGUGUAGGAGGCCAUGUCAGCGGAGGCGGUUAUGGUAACAUGAUGAGGAAGUAUGGGUUGACGGUUGACAAUGUUGUUGAUGCUAAGAUAAUUGAUGUUAAUGGUCGGAUUCUUGAUCGAGAGAGUAUGGGGGAGGACUUGUUUUGGGCUAUAACCGGAGGUGGCGCGUCGAGUUUUGGGGUCGCGUUGUCUUAUAAAAUUAAACUUGUUCGGGUACCGGAAGUUGUGACCGUGUUUAAUGUUAGGAGAACAUUUGCGCAAAAUGCUACCGAUUUGGUCUAUAAAUGGCAACGGAUAGCCGAUAAGUUGGACGAUGAUUUGUUCGUUAGAAUGAUUAUUGACGUCGUGAAUGAUACUUCCACCGGCAGAAAAACUAUCAGGACAUCGUUCUUUUCAUUGUUCCUUGGUGACACAACUAGACUUCUCUCCAUCACAAACAAAACCUUCCCGGAAUUAGGUUUAAAAAAAUCGGACUGCACGGAAAUGAGUUGGGUCGAGUCGGUUCUUUACUACACCGGCUUCCCAAACGGUACCUCAGUAGAUGUCCUACUAAGCCGGACUCCCCAAGUCCUCACCCAUCUAAAGCGAAAAUCCGACUACCUAAAACAACCAAUGACAAGAGAAGGCAUAGAAUUCAUAUUCAAUAGAAUGAUCGAGCUCGAGAGGCCUGUCCUAACUUUCAACCCUUAUGGAGGACGGAUGGCUGAGAUAGCUUCAUCCGAAAAGCCAUUUCCACAUAGAGCCGGGAACAUAGCCAAGAUUCAAUAUGCGACAAAUUGGAAUGAGGAUGGAAGCGAAGCGGCGAGGAAUUACUUAAAUUUGACAGCGGUUUUGUAUGAUUACAUGACACCAUUCGUUUCAAAAUCGCCUAGAGAGGCGUUUUUGAACUAUAGGGAUCUCGAUAUCGGGAUCAACCAUAAUGGAAAGAUGAGUUUCAUUGAAGGUGCUAGGUUUGGAGUUAAAUACUUUAAGAGGAAUUAUAAGAGGCUGGUGCAUGUUAAGAGUAGGGUGGAUCCUCAUAAUUUCUUUAGAAAUGAACAAAGUAUCCCAGUGUUAGCAAACAAGAAGAAUUAAUUAAGUACAUCAUUAUUCUUUUAAUUAAUCAUUAUGCAUGGAGCAUUUUGAAUUAAUUAAUUGUAUCAUGUAUUCCAAUUAUUUGUUAUUUGUUAUAGAUAUUUAAUUAAUGGUCAAUUGCUUUGUUUGAAUAAGAAUAUAAUUGUAUGCACGGUUAAACAUUUUAUAGUGAAAUAAAAAUUUAUAUUUGUGUUA